AUGGAGCAGUCCAGCAUGGGUAGGGUCAGGUGGCGCUGGGAUCCGAAGCCUACCCAGGCAGGGGAGCGACGGUGCUUCCUCAGGCUCUGGCUCAGCACGACGUCGAGGCAACAGCCACGGGUGGGAGCGACGAAUCGAUGCAGGGGAGUGACAGUCCCUCCUCAUCGAGCUCAGUACGACGUCGAGGCAACAACCACGGGUGGGAGUGAUGAAUCGAGCGACGGUGCUUUCUUAGGCUCGGGAUUAGCACGACGUCGAGGGAACAACCACAAGAUCUUCGGGAUUGCGGGUGAAAGCCUAGGAACAAUGGCCGAGAAGCCUGCCCUGGGCAAGCUAGUGAAAGCCCUGCAGAAUGAACCGAAAGCCCGGAAACUCCGACAGACGCUGAUCGAUAAGAAAGGGUACAAUUCCGAAAUAGCCGAGACCUUCAAAGACGUAGUUACUCGGAUUCUGGCCGUCGCCGACGUCGUAUGUUGCACAACACAUGCGUCUACCAAGGAUAUCCUGGGUUUAUGGGCAUGCAGGACUGCUAAAACUACAUUCCUCGACGAAGCUGGCGCUAUAUCGUUGCCUGAAGCCCUUGUCCCAUGGUUCAAUGGCCAUCCUCUAGUUAUAGCUGGUAACAUAAGGCAACUCCCACCAUAUGUUAUGACUUCAAACGAAAAGGCAUCAAUGGGAAAUGUCGGCCUUGGAACGCUUGAUGCGCAUGCAAUGGCCUUGCUGGGUCUCGAGAUGGAGAUCUUCUACCUCGAGCUUGGUGAUAAGUUCGAGUACGGCGGGCAAUACGCCGUCCAGCACUACCCUAGCGCGACAAAGGUCGAGAUGUGGUUAUGCGGUCGGUUCCCUAGAAUGGCAGCCUCGCCUAGAGACAAGAUCUGGCUGGCCUUCAUCAACUGCUUGGGGACGGCUGUCACGACAGUCGAUACCUUGCGGUCCAACCGGGGCCAAGCCCGUAUCGCACUGGCUCUCAUGGAAUCGUUGAUGCAAAGCGGCGUCAUGACUCAAGUCGAAGAUGCAGUUCUGGAAGCUUCCUCUGCUCUGCAGAUGGAUUUGAGCCUGGUUAAUACUUCAACCGAAGGCCGUUCGCAUACCGUUCACCAGCUCGCCGCUCGUGAGGGGCAUAACCUUUUUCCGCUUGUUGAAGCAAGAUUUAGACUGGAGAGACCCAUUAACAUUCCUCAUCCGCCGAACUUAAGUGGAAAAGCUGGUUCCAGUUAUAGAGAGCAAGAGACUGGCUACUAUAACUUGGAACGCGCCGUCCAGGAUCAGGCUGACAAGCUAGACUAUCCAGAAGUCCACGAUAUCCCGGCCCUUCUAUCGUCGUCCUUUAGACGACAAUUCUUCGAACUGGCACUCCGAAAUAAGGCAAUCAACCGCGAGUACAUUGCCAGACAUUUGAGCAAUGUUGAAGUCGAGCCAACAGCUUUGUCCAAGCAAUUGGAGGAGGUUUUACUGGCAAACCCGGAAUGGAAGAAGGAAAACGGAGUCCUGGAAAUGUGUGGUCGGCCGGGUUUGCACAUGUAG